UUACCACCAUCAUCUCUUAUUCAACAUGUCAAGUUCAGUGGAAAUUGAACUUGACAAUGCGCCGGUCGACAUGGUCUCUUCACUCCAUUUCUCACCGGCGACGGCAGAUCAUCUCCUCGUCUCUGCAUGGGACGGUUCUGUUCGCCUGUACGACGUCACAAAAGACGACCAGCUCGUGUCUGUCCAGCAUCGUGCACCUGUGCUGGACAUCGCCUAUCCCGAAGCAGCGCGUGCGUACAGCGCAAGUUUAGACGGCAGCGUGCGGAUUGUCGACAUCGAGAAAGGUACAGUACACACCCUAGGCACGCACGGAAAUGCAGCUCGCUCUGUCGUCUGGUCCGAGUCAUACAACUUCCUCCUCUCCGGUUCGUGGGACGCCACCGUCCGCGCGUGGGACGUCCGUUCCCCCACACCGCAGAUCCUCGCCGCCCCCCAUCCGGAACGCGUGUACAGCAUGGAUGCAGACAAGGAGCGGCUCGUCGUCUGCAUGGCUGGGCGGCAUGUGCGCGUGUGGGACCUGCGCAUGCUACGCGAGCGGACGGGGCACAAGGAGCCCGCCCAGGUAAGGGAAAGCAGUCUCAAGUUCCAAGUACGCAAAGUCGCUUGCAUGCCGGAGGGCGAGGGAUUCGCGAGCUCCUCCGUCGAAGGCAGGAUCGCCAUUGAUUACUACGACCACUCGGAGAAUGCACAAGCGAAGAAGUACGCGUUCAAGUGCCAUCGGACGACCGUGGAUGGGGUGGAGAAUAUCUUCCCUGUCAACGCGCUCGCCUUCCACCCGACAUAUGCUACGCUCCUCUCAGGCGGAUCGGACGCGUCGAUCAGCAUAUGGGAUAUCGGCACGCGCAAGAGGAUUAAGCAGCUGCCAAAGUUUCGAUCGGCGGUGCAGGCGAUCGCUGUCAGUCGAGGAGGGGAAAGGAUUGCGGUUGGGUGUGGGGAUGGGCUGGAAGAGGGAGACAAACCUGUUAAUGCCAGUGUGUUUGUGAGGAUGAGCGGGGAUGAGGCAAAGCCUAAGCCGAAGACGUCUGCCUGAGCUGGUUGAGAGUGUUGACUACGGUCUGAUAAUUUUUCAUAAUUUGAUCACUG